AUGGCUAAAAAUAAACGCCAUCCCGCCUCUGGGGGUGUCCUACCAACCGCGGGGCCAGCGAGCUUGCCAACGAAAGCCUUGGACCCAAGCCGGGUUUAUGGUAGCGCGAAGCCGCCCAACCUGCGCGAAGCCUUCAAUGAUUUCUAUCCUAACGGUCUACCCAAUGUCUACAGGAUGCUUGAGACUCCCGGCGUCAACGGUAUCCAGCAGACGUAUAUUGAAGACUAUCUUCCUGUGGGAUUCUACACUAACCCUCGCAUUGACGCCGCAGCCACCUUCUCUACACGAUGCGGAGAGCAGGCUUUCCGUCAUAUAGACCAGUUGAUGCCUCAACGUCGCAUCCACCUCUGGAACAAAGAUGAAAUCCAGUCCGUUUGCAACUCGCUGCGCAGACUCUACUGGAAGUUCAUGAAGCCCAUGCAGAAACCAUCUUGCUGGGAUGACUUGUGGAUCUAUUUCGAUGCCAGCGAUAUCUACAACUACGGAGCCAUGAAUCUCUGGAAUGUGGUCAACCAUCUCUAUGAUGAGAAUCAGAUCAUCGCUGCCGAUGUGACAAAAGAGACUGCAGUUGAAGUCGGCCUCUGGGUUGAUUCAUGGAUGUUUGACGAUUCCAACUGCAAGAAGCUCGAAGACUGGGAUGGAACGAAAUCUGUCAUCUCACUUCUUACUGAUGACGAUUGGAAGUCGGUCGGUCGUAUUCAAACUGACGUUGUGGCACUCGUCGAGAGUGCUCUUACACACCGGCACUCCCUGCGACUUGACCCAGGAAAGCUCAGGCUGGGUUCGGAUGUGAAGCCAAAUCAUCUGAUGAAAUCUUGUGCCGACAAUAACCUCGAAAACUGGCUCGCUGGUCAGCGCAUCUUUGAGCCCUCCGGCCUUCCGAAAGCUCCUACGGUCGCCCCUCACCAGACCUCACCAACUUCCAAGGAGGCUCCGGCGCCCGUUUGUGUAAUAGAUGGAAGACACUACUACCAGCCACCAUCUGAAAAGCGCGUACCCAGUGCAGUGGAAGCACUGCACCAGUCCGCUGCCGCUGCCGGGCCUGUCGCUCACAGUAACAGCGACGCAGUGUUGACGGAACAGACCGAGGUGACUAAUUCCGAGACUCUGGAAACUCUUCGAGUACCACCUCAAAUUCGGUCCAAAUCUACUGAGCCUACUCAUACUGUGUCAUCCCCACCACCCGGCGAUGAAAAGAACGGCCAGGCCGCUUCUAGCUCAUCAACAAAGCAGAAGAAGAAAUUGUCUAAGAAACAACGUGAUUCAGGAGAGCCUAAUGUACAAACCCCGACAAAAGCCGGGCGACAAGGUCGUGGCAACCCUCGGGCAACUCCAGGAGCUUGCAAGUCCACAGUGACAGCAUCACUGCCAACAUCAACCGUAAUGGAAUUUUCAACCCUGACGACUCCCGAAAAGCAGACCAGCAGCGGCACACAACAAACUGGACCCAGCCCUUCUCUCGAUGAUCCGAACGCUGAGCUCAAGAGGAACCAGCGACCAAACCAAUCUUUUGCUCGCUCAGGUUCUCAUGAACAUAAGGGCAUACAAUCUCUUGGUGACACGAACACCCUCAACCACUCGCAAAGGUUGGACUUGAAUCUCCACAUCAACCACGCGCCUGGUGUUUACUCAGAGGGGGCAAUGCAAUCAAAUUACAUGAACAAUCCUCUGGGAAUCACCUUCCACCCUUCUGGAACCUUCAAUCAUAUCGCCCAAGGAGGAUACCCUACCCUCCAGGAUAAUGCCUCAAACGUCUCGAACUACCGCCAUGUAAGCAUGCAAGUAAGCACACAACCACCAUACCAUCAUCCAAAGGGUUUUCUUCCCAACCGGGGUCGGAAUCCCAGCAACUCUUCCCGCCUGGAUCGCUCCGAUUCGAACGACAACCGAUGGUAUCAGAACGAGAACUUGAACAAUAUGAACUCGGGUUUCAAUCGUGGAGGUUAUCAGCGCGGUGGACGUAAAGGGACAGGACGUCGGGGAGGCCAUAACCAGCGAAACGCAACAGCGCCCGUUACUCAACCAUAUACUGGUUCCGACUCCGCCCAGAAGACGCGCGACGGGGGAUCAUGGAAAAAUAAGUGGCGCCGAGAAGGCUCGGACCCAAUACAAGUGACAUGUCAAAACGUUCAGGAUGGUCAUGAAAUCAGAGAGUAUGUUCCUUGCUCUUGUCAGAUGUGCGAGGCUCGCAACCGCUCUGUGCACGUCGCCGCGAAAUCCCACCAUGAAAUACCAUCGCUAGACAUGCAGUCACGGAUCAAAUCUGGUUUGUCUGAACGAUUCGGACUUGUGGACGAAGUGUAUCCAUUGCCCUCCAAGGAACCAGGGCGCUUCAUAGUCAGGUUUGCCAACCCAUCGUCUGUUGGUGAAGCGUUGACAAUGGGUGGCGGAAACAUGCCCGAGCAUGCUCUGUCGAUUACUUUCAGCCCAGCCAUGCGCUCCAAGUGGACGCUCUCCGAGCAAGCACCGACUCGGGUGACUCCUAGCCAGGUUAUUGACCAAAACCCCCCAUCUAUGCCAUUCCAACAGUAUUCAUUCGGCCUUGCGGUGCCUGGCAAUGCUCCAGGCGUUGCUGUAGCGCACCAAAUUCCGCCUGGGAUGCUUCAUCCAUCUGUGGCAAACCCAGCUAAUGCGCACUGGUCCAAGAGCGGUGGCCAACAAGCUUUCUCUGGAUUUCCACAACCUCAUGUAUUGGAUCGACCAUCUGUUGCUCCUCAACCAAUGACAAAUCCACCUCACUUCCUUCCUGCUGUAUGCGGCUAUUCUCAAAAUGAAGCUUUUGUUCCGGGCCUUGCGCACCUGGAGACUGUUGGCCAAACCCUCGACGAGCCAUUGCAAACAAAGCCACCGGCCGAGGAAGCGUUGGAAGACAUUCAUUGUAACGAUCGGUAUGAUUCCUACAGUCCAAGAAGCGACGGUAACGGGACUGCCGGGACCAAAGCCCGUGUUUCGUUGCCCAACACCCCUUCCAAGGCUUCUGCUAGCACGAAGGAAACACACGCAAUGCAACUCAUGGCCAAAGAGAAGAAUGACCAGGCCAGUGGCGAGGAUGUGCCUCGCCUUUCACACAUCGCAACAUCCGAGUCAGUUACAAGUGCCACGAUCCAUAUCCGCGUACCCAGUGCCUUCACCGAGAACGAAAUCAAAGAAAGGCGUCAAGCGUGGGCAAAAAUCUCCAUGCCACUUAAUCUUCACCGUCCUAGAAAUUUUACGCCAACUAAACCCAACAGUGGCUCUAUCAAGGAUGGUGACAAGCGUGAAGCAUACGCUGCUGAAUCAGAAUUGUCAACCCCGACACAGAAUGUGACAUUCACGCCUGAUACUGGCAGUGUCUAUGAACAAUCUCCUGGAAAGCCAGCAUCUCCAACAUGUGUCCAGAAGGAUUCCUCUAUUCCCAGCUCCACUGGACCGACAGGACAAGAAACAAGGACCGAGGAGAACGUCGACCAGAGCCAGGAACCGGCUACCACCUCUUCUCAAAUCGGCAAGACUGGAGUCCAGAGUGAGCCAGAUCAAAUUCAAGCGCUCAACUCCAUCGAACCAGACACUCUACUCCAAGUCUCAGACACAAACCGGCGUCCAGACAACGCACAAGCCGCUCAGUCAAAAGGGAAGGGAAAGGGUUCGAAGCCGAAGUCGAAGAAGAAAAAGCCAAAACAUAAGAUGAUGUCUCAAGGCAACGAAUCCAACUCCCACACACAACAAAUCCGGACUUCGCCCCCACCCGUUGCCCCUGAGGCUACCCAAGCUCUCCGAGACGAUUCUGAGAGCGCGCCUCGCGACCCUUCAUCCACAAUCGUCGCCGACAACCAACUAUUUGAAGCACUCUCCCCUACAAAGCGACAUCAUGACGACCCUGAACAACGUUCUGAAUCGGGAUUUUCUAAGCGAAGCAAGAAGCAUGGGAACACCCAGGAAACGACUCUUGAUGAAUCCGACUCACCUGAUGAGGACGCCCGUGGCCGUAAGGGAUACAGAGUUGGCAGGGGAGGUUCCCUUCGUAUGGGCAAGACACGUCGACCCCGUGCCAUUAUGACUGUAUCAGUACUUGCAGAGCAGCCCAUGGACGCCCAAAUGUCACCUCCUUCGUCAGAUUUUGCCUUUCAAUGCCACAGCGCUUCUGCAUCUACUGGCCCACCAAGCCUGCGCGGGCCUGACAAUAGUGCAAUCAGUCGAUUGAACCCCGAAGCCCAGGAGUUUGUCUCACCAUCUAGAGUGACACCCAUUGACAAGCAAAUUGCUUCUGGUCUCAGCAAAGAUGAAGCCCUCGAUAAGCUCGUAUCCAAUGAUGCAACUGAUCGCAAACGAAACGCCAUUCAGGAACCACUGAAGUCCGGCCUAGGUGUACCUCCUAUCGAUGACUUCAUGCUUCCUGCAGCCGAUAUUUCAACCCCAAAACAUCGACGGGCUCUCUCGGAAGCGGUUCAGAAAGAAAAGUUGGCAAACAACAAAGAGGGUGCAUGCCAGGGCCAGGUGAAGACACCAGGGAAAGGUCCUAAGCGAGCAAAGGGCAAAGAAAGAGCCGUUACACUCGGGGCGAAAAAAGAAAAGGUCGAGGGCACAGAGAACGGGACCCAGGAUACACCUCGGACUCCCAAACAACCAGGCACCAAAACCAGGAAGCCUGGUCAGAUCAAUGAUGAUUGGCCUUCUCUUCCAGCAUCUCGGGAUCGCGCCCCUUCAAAGCCACAAACACCCCCGAUCUGGGGCGCAAAGGCAAAGACUGUCGUAGAAAAUGGCGACUCAACACAGGACUCUCCCGUAACCAAAGGAUGA